AUGUUGAUUUUUCGAAUUAUUUUGGGUUGUUUCUCAUUAAUUGGUCUUGGACUAACUUUGAGUUCAGUCUUCACAACUUCCUGGCUUAAUGAAGAUUAUCCAAUGUAUCCAAAUCAACCGAAUUCUACAUUUUUCCAUAAUCAUUAUGGAAUUGUGUUUUUAUGCAUAUCUUUCAUAGUGAGUAAUUUUGAAAAUCUGGCUAAUAUUUUCAAAUUUACAGCCAUAAUUCACUUGAAAUUCGAACAUAUGAUUAGAUCCAAAAUUUUCAAAUUGUUUCAGCAAAACUCAAAAUGUUUGAGCACUGCAUUUCAGCUGACAAUUUUGGGACUGUUUUUCUAAAAAAAAGUCUAGUUAAAAAGAAAAAGUGGCUCUAACAAUUCAGAAAACGUAAAAAAACAUUCUCAAAUGUUAAUAAUCAGAAAAAAAUUUUCUAACACAAAAACAACUAUUUCAGCAAUGUCCAGGCUGGGCGAUUUUUGCCUCACUUCUCAUGAAUAUUGCAUUUAUCAUAAGUUUCGUCCCAUUUUUUAUGCUGAUUCGUCUAUUUUUCUACUCCCGCAAAUGCCAAAAAUUGGGAAUAGCUGAACCGGCUCAAAGUUUCUUUACUUAUAUGUCAAUAAACAUGCUGGUUUUAGCGAUUUGCGAAAUUUCAGCAUUCAUUUUGACAAUUGCAGAUGCUCCAAGUUAUGUUUUAGGACCUCGAGACACUUUUUCGGUUAGUUAAAACGGUUUUGUACAGAAAAAACUGGAAUUUUCAGACUGGAUAUUCGUGUUAUUUGGCUCUGGGAGCUGGAAUUUGUUGGAUUCUUGGUUUUGGAAUCUCAGUCUAUCUACGAACUGCCGAAAAAAUUUUGUAA